AAAUUGAUAAACGCCCAUCUGAAAUGGAAGAAACAACAAUUCUUUACUCGUCUCUUUCCCUUAUCUUCCUUCUCGUUUGUUUAAACUUGUUCAAAUCAAAGAAACACCCCAAAAACCUCCCUCCAUCCCCACUUUCACUCCCCAUACUCGGCCACCUCCACCUCCUCAAACCGCCUGUCCACCGUUUCUACCACCGUCUUUCUCAAAUAUACGGUCCAGUCUUCUCCCUCCGCCUUGGCUCUCGGUUUGUAGUAGUGGUAUCAUCUUCGACCGUGGCGGAGGAAUGCUUCACUAAGAACGAUGUACUUUUGGCUAAUCGUCCCAAGUUGAUCAUAUGGAAGUACAUCGGCUACAACUACACCUCAGUUACAGCCUCAUCCUACGGUGAUCAUUGGCGCAACUUACGUCGUAUCAGCGCCAUUGAAAUCUUCUCGUCUAGUCGUCUCAACGCCUUUGCGAGCAUUCGGAAAGAUGAGGUCCGGAGGUUGUUGGUGAAAUUGUCGCGUGACUCGCGUCGAGGGUUUGCAAGAGUGGAGCUCAAGUCCAUGCUUCAUGACUUGACUUUCAAUAACAUAAUGAGGAUGCUUGCGGGGAAGAGGUACUACGGAGAUGAAGUGAUGGAUGACGAUGAAGCGAGCGAAUUUAGGGAGCUUAUAGCACAGGCGGUUAGCUAUGCCGGAUCGGGAAAUCGUUCAGAUUUCAUGCCUUUGUUGAAUUGGUUUGGAGGGUAUGAGAAGAAGGUGAAGAAGCUUGGAGAAAAGAUAGACGGAUUGUUGCAAAAGUUAAUAGAUGAGCACCGGUGUAAGCAGCUGUAUAAUAAUACUAAUAAUAAUAAUAAUAGUACAAUCGACCACCUUCUUAACUUGCAACAAUCUGAUCCUCAUUACUAUACCGAUGAAAUCAUCAAAGGACUCAUGUUGGUGCUAAUAUUUGCAGGAACUGAUACAUCAGCAGUGACCUUAGAAUGGGCAAUGUCCAAUUUGCUAAACCAUCCAGUUGUAUUGAGGAGGGCUAAAGCUGAAAUAGACAGUGAAAUAGGGGAAGAAAAUCUGAUAGAUGAAUCGGAUCUCCCAAAGCUGAAAUAUCUUCAAGGUAUUAUAUUUGAGACUCUUAGAUUAUACCCUGCAGCCCCUCUUCUGCUCCCACACGAGCCAUCUAGUGAUUGCACCGUUGGUGGAUACGAUGUUCCGCGUGGCACGAUCGUGUUGGUGAAUGCAUGGUCCAUUCAUAGAGAUCCAAAAUCAUGGGAAGAUCCAACAAGUUUCAAGCCAGAGAGAUUUGAAAAUGAUGAGAAAUUAGGGGGAGAAGGUGACUUGGGGACUCACAAUCUAAUGCCAUUUGGGUUAGGAAGAAGGGCAUGUCCAGGAGCAGGGCAAGCUCAACGAGUGAUGGGGUUAACCUUAGGAGCAUUGAUUCAAUGCUUUGAGUGGGAAAGGAUUGAUGGCAACGCAAUUGAUAUGGUUGAAGGAACAGGAGGCACCAUGCCUAAAGCUCAUCCCUUGAAGGCUUUGUGCAAAGCUCGCCCCAUUGUGGAUAGAACUUUUAUACUAAUUAGUUGGAUCGUCUCAAUGCCUUUGCGAGCAUCCGGAAAGAUGAGGUCCGGCGGUUGUUGGUGAAAUUGUCGCGUGACUCGCGUCGAGGAUUUGCAAUAGUGGAGCUCAAGUCCAUGCUUCAUGACUUGACGUU